GUCAUGAAGGGCCCCCUGCUCGGAGGCAUGUUCUCCCGGCAUGUCAAGCGGCACCCCGGCCUCAUUCCCCUCAUUGGCUUCAUCAGUGUCGGCCUGGGCAGUGCUGUCCUGUACUUGCUGAGGCUGGCCCUGUACAGCCCGGACGUCAGCUGGGAUCGAAAAAAUAAUCCUGAACCCUGGAAUAAGCUGAGCCCCACGGAGCAGUAUAAAUUUCUGGCAGUUUCCACUGACUACAAGAGCCUCAAGAAGGACCGUCCCAGUUUCUGAGCUGACCCUGGGAUGUGCUGGGGCAGGGGAGAGCGUGCCCACCCCCCAGCAGCACCACCACGGCCCCCACCAGCCCUGCCAGCUCUCACCUGCCCCACGGCUCCGCGACAGUCACCACGCACACAGGUCUGACUGCUUCCCCAGCACCCCCAAACCGUGGGGCUGCGCCCCCCGCAAUAAACCACGUCACUCCAAGAGCGAUGUGACCGCCAUUGCCAGUGCCCCUGCGCCCUCCUGCCCUGCCUGGCAAGCUGCUCUCACUAUCAUAUCUCAUCUGCAUUAAACUCAUAGGACAGUAAUAAAUUAUUGGGGGA